CUGAGAUAAUUAUAGUAGACAUGGGAAUCACAUUGGGACAGAAGAAGUCCCGGUGUAAACGGUAAACGGCUCCUUUGAUCCCCCCAAUCAGCGCAUUGUUGACGAAACCAGUCGGUAAAGAAAAUCCCAACCCAAUUGUUGAGUUGAGGUUAUCCCAGUCAUAAGCAAUAGAUUGCCUUCAUCUCCCCCUGAAGCAAUUUUUUACUUAAAAAUCAGUGUUAUAAGUGAUAAAUUCUAAGUAAUGUCUCCAUCCAAAAGUGAUAAACUCGCCAACGGCUCAAAAUCAGAGCUGAGUAUAUGGACGCGUGCCAUAACUGCCAACUCAGAGUGGCCUGACAAGGAGGAAUUUCUCGAUGUUAUCUACUGGAGUCGACAGGUCAUAGGGUUGAUCAUUGGAAUUGCAUGGGGGAUAAUCCCCCUCAAAGGCUUUGUUGCAUUGUUGCUAUUUGUUGUUGUUAAUGCUGGAAUAACGUAUUUGUACAUUAGUAAUUUCCAACAAAUUGAUGAGGAGGAAUUUGGGGGCAUCUGGGAAUUGACGAAGGAAGGAUUUAUGACGUCUUUUGCAGGAUUUUUGGUGACUUGGAUAAUAAUAUACUCCGGAUUACACUUCGAAUGACAUAAAGUCUCAGGAACAAAUUUCCUACUCAUGAAUUCCUCAUAAUAUGCAGACUUGAGCACAUGGAUUCACCCACUCUGCAUUUUCAAUACUGUACAUAUGUAUCUCAGAUCCUCGCUCAGCGUCUCCAUAUUGUUAUCCAAUAAUUUUCAUUUUAUUUCUUGUCGAUUGAACAUUUAAAACGUUUUGAACAAAAUAAAACACAAAUUUAUUGAUUAA